AUGGGUUAGCAAAGAAGGCUCGUGAAAUGGGCCAAUCUGUUGUGGUUUUAGUGUUGGUACCACUGGUGCCAAUGGUGUUGUUCGCGCCACCGGCAGCUAAUGGUAAUGAGGAUGCGAAACGAUUGUAUGAUGAUUUGCUGGUCAAUUACAACAAACAUCGGCGACCCACUCCUGGACCAAAUAUUCCGGUAACGAUCAAGUUGAAGCUACGACUUUCACAAAUUAUCGAUGUGGUCUGGAUCGACAACAAAUUAUCAUGGGAUCCGAGAAGUUACGGAGGAGUGAGCGUGCUUUAUGUCCCUUACGAAAUGAUAUGGGUUCCCGAUAUUGUCCUAUAUAACAAUGCUGAUAGUAAUUACAACAUAACAAUCAGUACCAAGGCAACCAUACGAUAUGAUGGCGAAGUGACUUGGGAACCACCGGCCAUUUUCAAAAGCUUGUGUCAAAUUGAUGUUCGGUGGUAUGCUAAUUUUCCAAGGCUUUUUUUCUCAAAAUCUCUUUUUUUUGUUAUAAUGCUGUCCAUAUUUCAUUCUCUACAAAGUGUGAAAAUAGUCAAAGUUAGCCUGAACAACAGUUUGCUAUCGGUAGUUAUUCCUAGAUAAGU